CCGCCUCGCCCUUCCUGCUACUGUAGCGCCCACCUAAUUCGCGCCGCCUCCCCACCUGGCCCGCCACAAUAAGACCAGGUCCUAGUAUCUGAGCUGAACCCAGAGGCGCGGUUUGUGUUUAUCCGUAAGUGUUGCUCCGCGAAACCACGUAGGCCACGACAUCUAGUAGCGCUAGCAUUCCGUACAGUAGUCAUUCUGUCGCUACAUGGCCGCCGAGAGCCAUGGCCGCCGUGAGCGCUAGGCAUCCUCGAGGAACGCGGCCCGUUCGGACGCACGUGCUGGCUUGAGCCGUACCGCAACGUGUUUCAGACAGACGCUACGCGACGCGCCGGUCGCAUCAUGGGCCGAUUAAAGCAAUGCCCGUCGCGUUAUCUAUCACAGGCAAGGGUCACUAGUAGAUUACGAGCCUCGAGUUUAGUUACGUAGUUGCUAUUCGCCAAUCGCAGCACCGUCAAACAGUACUCGCUGACCUAAUCCGCUCAUUUCACAUGGCUGACGUGGCAGUGGCUGGGUCCCACUGCGCGCCGAGUCAGCGCAGUUGGGCUCGCCGUCGGCAGCAACACCUCGUUGCCGCCUCACCGCGAUUCCUCCUGCGCCGCUCCCUUCCCUCCCUCCUCCUCCCGCUCCUCCUCUCCGCCCUCUACUCCCACGGCCCCCCUCAAAUCUCCGCAAAGGGGCGGCCGCAGGGCGACCAGUGCGCGGCGCUGGCGGCGGCGCUGGCGGCGAGCGCGCGCGUGGUCCCCGGGACCGUCGGCGUGGGCUUCGCGACGCCGUCGCAGACGAAGCACUGCCUGCGCUCCUUCCGCUUCGUCGCGUCGCGCGACAUCCCCGUUAUAGACUCGAUCAUCAACGGACUAGCCAACUUCUACGUUUAUAGACACAUCGCGAUUGAAUCCCCCGACGCGCGCCUCCCGAGCGACGUCGACAUAGUCACCUACCUCCGCGCGAUUCGAGAGAAGGCGUUACGGGGCAAGGGGAUUAAGAGCCUAAUGCGGUUCCAGACGUUAAUCUACCGCGCGCUGAUGAGUCUUAACGACGGGCACACGAUGUUCAGCUCCAACUGCUUCCACCGCACCGCGUCCUACUACCUCCCCCUGCCGCUCGUCGCGGUCGUCGAGGAUGGCCGCCAGAUCAUCCGCGUCGCACCCUCGUCGCUGCUGCUGCAGGGGCUGGACGUGGCGGCGCUGGUGCUGCAUCAAUUCGACUACUACCGCUACGAGGGCGCGCAGGUGCUGACAAUCAAUGCCGUCCCCGCCAUGGACUACCUGCUCGCGUGGGCCGCCCGCUACGUGGGGCAGUACCGCGACAGCGGUGUGCGCUUUAAUCUCCUGUUCGCGCGCCGCGUCGUGUCCAAGGCGACCGGGGAGGUGAUCUCGACUCAGGGUGCGUUCGCUCAGAGGAGCCUGGCGCCCACCAAUGACAGCGUGGUGGUGGAGUUGCAGCUGGCCACCAGCACCUCCCCGGUGACAGUGGCGGUGCCGUGGGUGGCGGUGCUGCCCACCAACUUCGCCACCACCGCCUCCUACUGGACCGCCAACUGCGCCAAGCCUCGCCAGGCCACUGCUGCUGCUGCUGCUGCCUCUGCUGCUGGGAUUUCUGCGGCUGCUGCUUCUUCUGCUGCUGCUUCUUCUGCUGCUGCUUCUUCUGCUGCUGCUUCUUCUGCUGCUGCUUCUUCUGCUGCUGCUUCUGCUGCUGCUGCUUCUGCUGCUGCUGCUUCUUCUGCUGCUGCUUCUUCUGCUGCUGCUUCUUCUGCUGCUGCUUCUUCUGCUGCUGCUUCUUCUGCUGCUGCUUCUUCUGCUGCUGCUUCUUCUGCUGCUGCUUCUUCUGCUGCUGCUUCUUCUGCUGCUGCUGACGAUGACGAUUGGGGUUUACGCAGCAAGGCAGGGGGGGAGGGCAUGGCAGCAGGGACAGUAGGGCCACAACAAGCAGGGGGUCCGCGGCUGAAGAAGCGGGCAUGGGGCGUGCGGGCAUGGGGCGUGCGGGCAUGGGGCACAGAAAGCACAGCGAUGGAAGGUUACAGGGAUGGUAACCGCAGCCGCAGUGGGGUCAGAAGUAUGACUGGCGGGGGCAGCAGUAGUAGCAGCACUGGGACCCGACAACCAAGCUGGGGUCGAAUGGGCGGCAGCAGGGCGGGCAUGGGCGGCAGCAGCAGGGAGCGGGCGGCGGGGUGGCCGACCCUGGCUGUGGAGUUCCCAAGGCCCGACCUCGACGCUCUCCCCUCCCUGCUGCACCCCCUCCCCCGCAUCCGCGCUCCCCCCCUGCUGCUCCGCCCCCGCCAACCCGCUGCUUCCGCUGCCGCUGCUGCUGCUGACUCUGGGACUGCUGGUAUUGAUGCUGAUGGUGCUGCUGCUGCCGCUACCGCUGCUGCCAGCGAGGUGCUUGCCUUGUCAGCAGCAGCGCCGAAUGACCUGGCGGGGGCGCAGAAACUGUCGAAAGCAGCGGCCCUCAUUCCUGUCUAUCUGCUCCCCGACAACCGCACAGCGGUCAUCUGGAUGCACACCUUCCUGCCAGCAUUGGACGGCUCAGAUGAGGCGCUCAUCGCCUUCCUGCUCACAGAGAUCUCCGCAGCCAUUGAUCUCGCCAACCGCUACGGCAAGCGGGUCAUUCUGGACGUGAGUGGCAACGGCGGUGGUUACGCGGACGUGGCGUACCUGCUGCUGCGCCUGGUGGCGGGCAAGCAGCGUGCGCCCAAGGGCCGUGUGCAGAUGCCGCAGCAGUUCCUCGUCUCCAGCGCCUUCAUGCUCGGCUUGCUCGACCGCCAGCUGGCGUCCUUCUACCAGUGGGACAAGUACGUGAAGGUGGAUGAGGCCACGCCCAUGAAAAGCGCAACGGAUUUCAAGCCCUUUCAGAAUCUCCAGUUUUCUUCGGACGGGCAGCCCGGGGUGUACUCGGGCUUGUUCAAGCUCUCGACGUUUCCCGGGCUUGAGAAGAUUCCGUUUCAGCGGCCGGUGUUCGGCAGCCGGCCAUUCGUUAUAGUCACAAACGGCAACUGCUUCUCGGCGUGCGCCAUCUUCACGCAUAACCUCCGGAAGCGGUUUGGAGUGAAGCAUGUGACUGUAGGGGGGGUGAUGGGUCAGCCCCUCGGUAUAAGCGCGUCCUGUAUGGGUGCCACGAUGCCCUCCCUAGAGACGGGGGUUACUAACUUCCUAACCGGGACAAAAUUUGCCGACCAUCCGCGUGCACCCAAGCCGUUCCCUUACAACGUGGUGCAAGGGGUGGCGGUGGUGCAGGGGUUUGUGCAAGAGCAGGUCCCGUGCGAAUAUGUUUUUCUGCCCGGGGACCGACACGUUAACCUGACCAUGGAUAAAGUGGCCAACCCUGCCCUUGUGUGGGCAGAGGCCUCCCAAUACUUCUGAGGCAUUCCAAACUGAUUGCCCAAUAAGAAAGCUGAUGCCUGCAAGGUUCAAUGCGUGCAAGGGCAUUCUAUUGUAUUGGGUUGGGGUGUCAACUUAUACAUUUGUAAUGUAUGUCUAGUUAUAGGCUAGACAGGUACGUGCUCUUAGGGAGUACAACCCACAACUUAUAG